CAUCCAGCAGUGCCGCAUGCAGUUUCCAGCUCUUAUUCUAGAACAGCGCCUUCGACCGGCAGCAUCUUUCCAUCAACGAUUCAAGGAUCUCACGCUUGGAUGAGCGUGAUCUCCAUCUUUCUGUGCUUUAACAAAUCUUUACUGAUCUGAGCCCAGGAGGCUCGCUCGGGUUGAAAGAGGACUGCACGGAUUCAGCAGUGGGACAACAACAAUUUCACAAUGAAGUUUUUUUUACUGCUUGCUCUACUGACACUUUGUCAUGCCAAGCCAUACACGCACAUCAACGUCAUCGACUUCAUGAGUGAUGACAUCAUGCAACAGGACGCAGAUGAUGACGACGAAGAUGACGAUUACAACGAUUAUGACGACGAUGACGACAACUUCGUGCCGGACUGUCCCGAGUUUUGCCGGUGCUCUAAAAGAGUUCUUCAGUGCUCAGAUCAGGGUCUGACCAAGGUGCCAAAGGAUAUUCCUGCAAACACGCAGCUCAUCGAUCUCCAAAACAAUGACAUCACUGAAAUCAAGGAAGAUGAUUUCAAAGGCUUGGAUCACCUUUAUGCCUUGUUUCUGCUCAAAAACGAAAUAUCGAAAAUCCACCCGAAGGCCUUUCGCAACAUGAACAACCUCAAGAUUCUCCACCUGUCGUACAACCUGCUGCCGCGAGUUCCCGAGAACCUUCCCACGAGCAUUCAGUCAUUGAGACUGCACGACAACCAGAUCAGCACCAUCCAGAAAGGAGCGUUUAAAGGAAUGCAAGAGCUCAAUGUUUUAGAACUGAGUGCGAAUCCAAUUGCAAACAGCGGGAUUGAAGCAGGAGCCUUCGAUAACAUGGCGACCCUCUACUUGAGAAUAGCCGAAUCAAAGCUAACAGCUGUGCCUAAAGAUCUCCCGUCCUCACUCACCGACCUCCACUUGGAUUACAACAAGAUCGCCAAAGUGGAGUCCGAAGAUUUCUUGCGAUUGAAAAAUCUACAGAGUUUGUGGCUCGACUUCAACCAAAUCAAAUACGUGGAGAACCGAACCUUUGCUAGCAUUCCCAAAGUCAGAGAGAUUCAUCUGGACAACAAUAAGCUGAAAAAAGUCCCUCCAGGCUUCAACAACCUAAAAUAUUUACAGGUGUUGUACUUGCACUCCAACAGCAUCGGUUACGUCGGAGUAAAUGACUUCUGCCCUUCGAGAGCCCGGGUAAAGAAGACCCCCUACACCAGAAUCAGUUUAUACGCCAAUCCUGUAAAAUACUGGGAGAUGCAGCCGCACUUUCGCUGCGUGUCCAGCCACAACUCUGUGCAGCUGGGCAACCACAGAAAAUAAGCAGCGACACCAUCUUUCCACUGGAGGGCAGCAUUUCGAAGCAAUAUCAUCAUAAACUCAAUCAAAUAUCUUUUCAGGGGUGAUGUACAAAACCAUAGAUUAACCAAUUUACCAGCACCAGCAAACUUAUUACUUGAAUUUGGACGUCUGGCAUGACAUCUAGUCCAGGAUGUGGGAUGAAGUUAAAUUGGGCUUUUUAGAUACCCUGUCGAGAUUUAUCUAUACUUGUGUGCAAUAAUUUCAUAGGUUUUCAUAGUAAUUGUUUACAUUGAUUUCCAUUACGUUAACGUAGUGAGUGUCUAGAUCGACUGACAAUUCUGAUGUUCUCAAUUAUUUGUUAGCAUAAAGGAACGAGUGUUAUGAAUCGAAAAUAAAUACAAUUUACAAAGUCGGUUUGUUCAUUGUUUUUAAGAUACGUUGUGUAUUUUAUAAGAGCGGGCAUUAUUCUUUUGUACCUAUUAAAUGUUCGGUGAUGUUUUAUGAACUGUCAUUCAACAUUGUUUGAUUCAUUUCGGAUACUGCAUGCUGUGUUGUUUAACUCUUUAUUUGUUGCGAAUGUUUUCUAGUAUCAAAUAUGUUAUAGACAGGCAGUCUGUCGGAUCACAAAACAAAAAUGUCUGAACAUUUAUCGGCACGGAUCACCUGCUUGGUCGUGGUUUUAGGAAAUGAUUUACUGUACCAGACAUUUGCAAAAAUGAAAUGAGCGCUUGUUGGCCAGCU